AUGGGUUACAACACCUACAGGCACUGGCGCUGCUCACAAAACACCUACAGACAUGGCGCUGCUCACAAAACACCUACAGACACUGGCGCUGCUCACAAAACACCUACAGACACUGGCGCUGCUCACAAAACACCUACAGACACUGGCGCUGCUCACAAAACACCUACAGACACUGGCGCUGCUCACAAAACACCUACAGACACUGGCGCUGCUCACAAAACACCUACAGGCACUGGCGGUGCUCACAAAACACCUACAGACACUGGCGCUGCUCACAAAACACCUACAGACACUGGCGCUGCUCACAAACACCUACAGGCACUGGCGCUGCUCACAAAAACACCACAGGCACUGGCGCUGCUCACAAAACACCUACAGGCACUGGCGCUGCUCACAAAACACCUACAGGCACUAGGCGCUGCACCACGGCUUGGCACUACAAGAACACCUACAGGCACUGGCGCUGCUCACAAAACACCUACAGGCACUGGCGCUGCUCACAAAACACCUACAGGCACUGGCGCUGCUCACAAAACACCUACAGACACUGGCGCUGCUCACAAAACACCUACAGGCACUAGCGCUGCUCACAAAACACCUACAGGCACUGGCAGUGCUCACAAAACACCACAGGCAGACACUGGCGGUGCUCUGGCUACCUCAGACACUGGCAGUGCUCACCUCCUCAGACACUGGUGGUGCUCACAAAGCACCUCGACACUGGUGGUGCUCACAAAACUACCUCCAGACACUGGCGGUGCUCACAAAACACCUCCAGACACUGGUGGUGCUCACAAAACACCUCCGAACACUGGCAGUGCUCACAAAACACCUCCAGACACUCGUGGUGCUCACAAAACACCUACAGGCACUGGUGGUGCUCACAAAACACCUCCAGACAAUAGUGGUGCUCACAAAACACCUCCAGACACUGGCGGUGCUCACAAAACACCUCCAGACACUGGCAGUGCUCACAAAACACCUCCAGACACCCGUGGUGCUCACGAAACACCUACAGGCACUGGUGGUGCUCACAAAACACCUCCAGACAAUAGUGGUGCUCACAAAACACCUCCAGACACUGGCGGUGCUCACAAAACACCUCCAGACACUCGUGGUACUCACAAAACACCUACAGGCACUGGUGGUGCUCACAAAACACCUCCAGACAAUAGUGGUGCUCACAGAGCACCUUCAGACGCUGGGCAUCAUAUUUGCAUAUGA